AUGGGGCCCCUCUCAGCCCCUUUCUGCACACUGCACAUCACCUGGAAGGAGCUCGUGCUCACAGCAUCACUUUUAAUCUUCUGGAACCCGCCCAAUGCUGCUCAAGUCACAAUUGAAGCCCAGCCAAUGAAAGUUUCUGAGGGGAAGGAUGUUCUUCUACUUGUCCACAAUUUGCCCCAGAAUCUUACUGGCAACAUCUGGUACAAAGGGCAAAUAACAGACCUCCACCAUUACAUUAAAUCAUAUGUAAUAGACUCUGAAACAAUUAUAUUUGGGCCUGCAUACAGUGGACGAGAAACAGUAUAUUCCAAUGCAUCCCUGCUGAUCCAGAAUGUCACCCAGAAGGACACAGGAUCCUACACCAUACAAAUCAUAAAGCGAGGUGAUGGGACUGAAGGAGUAACUGGACAUUACACUUUAUACCUGGAGACUCCCAAGCCCUCCAUCUCCAGCAGCAACUUAAACCCCAGGGAGGCGGAGGAGACUGUGAUCUUAUCCUGUGAUCCUGACACUCAGAAUGUAAGCUACCGGUGGUGGAUAAAGGGUCAGAGCCUCCCUAUCAAUCGCCCAUGGCAGCUGUCCGAAAACAACAGGAUCCUCACUCUAUAUGGUGUCACAAAGGAUAUUGCAGGACCCUAUGAAUGCGAAAUGAAGAACCCAGUGAGUGCCAGCCGCAGUGACCCAGUCACCCUGAAUCUCAUCUAUGGUCCGCACGUCCCCAGCAUUUUAUCUUCAUCCCCCUAUUACCGUUCAGGAGAAAACCUCUACUUGUACUGCUUCGCGGACUCUAACCCACCGGCAGAGUAUUCUUGGACGAUUAAUGGGAAGUUUCUGCAAUCAGGACAAGAGCUCUCUAUCCACCAAAUUACUACAAAGCAUGGCGGUAUCUAUGGUUGCUCCGCUCGUAACUCAGUCACUGGCCUUGAAAGUUCCACAGACAAGACGAUCAAAGUCUCUGCUUCUUUCGGAAGAGGACAUCUAUCCUGGCAUUAAUCCGACAAAGCAGCCGUGAUGUCAUUUCUGUAUUUCAGGAAGUCUGGCAGACAGUUGCUUUGAUUCUUCCUCGAAGUAUUUACAAUCAGCUACAGUCCAAAAUUGCUUUUUCUUUGAGUAGAUACAUGGAAAAGACUCUGACGAUGACUCUUGA